GCCAGCAGCCAGGGGCCUGCUCUGUGGUUUCAGUUGUGGCAGUGCCGUCGUGGCGGGAGGUUCUGUGUAGAGCGAGUUUCGGAAGCUACCGUCUGAUCAGGAGUGUACAGGAAGAUGGUCAGGAACCGGAUCUGCUGGUAAAUUGUGUUCAAUGUCUGGCUACCAGUCUGGCAACAUGGCGGGGGAGAUGUGGGUGCAAUGGUUCUCCUGCUGCAUAAACCAACCGGCUGCGCAACAGCGGAAGAGGCAACAACGGAGGACAAGACAAAGAAUUGACAGGUCCAUGAUUGGAGAACCUACAAACUUCCAGCACACAUGCCACAUUGGUUCAGGAGAUGCAGACAUUGCAAACUCCCAUUUACAGGCAAUACAGAACCAGAUGCAAUCCAAAGGUGGCUAUGAAACAGCAUUUGCGGUAAAGGCUUGUUAAAGCUGGUGGAGUGGAUAGUGAUCACCAUGGGAAUGAGACUUCAGCUGUGGGUACUGGCCCUCCUUGAUGCAGACACAACAGUAGCAGUUGCUAAUUCAGUGUUACUGCCUGUUGAAGAUAAAGAAGUCAGCUGCACUGGGGCUAGUGAAGGCUGUAAAUAUUUGUAGACAAAGGUGCUGUGGAUGAAAAUGAUAGACUGGACUGUGUUAACCACUGUGUAUAUAAGACUUUUGUCAGAUUUAUGUAAUGAGAUUAUGAGUGGCAAAAAGUUGAUGGGGUGGAUAAAUUACUUGAAAGUGUAGCUCUACCUUAUAAAGAAUACCUGCAACCAUACAAUCAUCUGUAAUUAUAAUGUAGCUCACAAACUUCAGAAGACUGAUUCAUGCAUUAUGUUUUAAUUUAAACUUGAAGGAAAUUGUACCAAAUAUUUUAUAUUCUUCCGACUGAUGUUCUUCCUGACAAUUGAAGGUAAAUAUUUCUACUCAUUUUCUAAUGAAUCACCUCAUUGGUGCCUUCUCAAGUUACAGCUGUGCUUCCUGCACAGAAUAAGAUUCUGAUGAAUAUAAUGCCUUCCAUCAGUUCCUACCUUUAUACUGUACCUUCACCUUACACGUUCUGAGCUAUGGGCACUUCAUAAAAUAUUUUAGUAUCACUUGUAUGUGUGUCAGAGAGACAGUCUUUUGAAUAUUCAUAUUGAAUAAUAGUAGCUAUUGAAUGUGAUACUAAUGUUUAGUGUAGCUUCCCAUGACCACAAAAUGUUUCCCCACAAUUGUUAAACUUGUCUGAUAGGCACAUAACAGAUAUGUAGUACACAGGAGCCUCAUUGUGACAGUUACAUGCACUUUUAGAUGUACAUGAUGUACACACAUAGAGCAAAACAGAAAUGAUUACUGUAUGUAAAAUAUUUAUUAAUUAUACAGUUGGCUUAAGAUUUGUGUUGUGAAAAUAAUUACCUCUGUGACUUGUAUAUCAUUUCUGGAAUAUGAAUGUAAUUAUAUUGUGAUAUUACUUGUUUUAAUUUGUAGUUGAAAUGUGGACACUCAGAAAGUGUGUUACACACCUGUUUUUCUGUUCUUUCAAACACUAGUUGUUGUUUUUGAAUAAUAGAGAACAUACACAAAGUUGGAAUCACUAAUGUUAGCCUGAGUCUCAGCUGCGAAUUAUAAGUGAAAAUAAACUCUCAAAUAAAGUACA